AUGGCAACAAGAAAUGGACAGCUGCUUUCUGUUCCUCCAGGGUUUCGGUUUCAUCCAACAGAAGAGGAACUUUUGUAUUAUUAUCUGAGGAAGAAAGUGUCUUAUGAAGCCAUUGAUCUUCAAGUCAUUAGAGAAGUCGAUCUCAACAAGAUCGAGCCUUGGGACCUCAAAGAUAAAUGUAGAAUUGGUACAUGUCCACAGAGCGAUUUCUAUUUCUUUAGUCAUAAGGAUAAGAAAUACCCGACUGGAACUCGAACAAAUCGUGCGACCACAGUUGGAUUCUGGAAAGCAACUGGACGAGAUAAAGCCAUUCAUCUUACUACAAACUCUAGGAGAAUUGGCAUGAGGAAAACUCUCGUGUUCUACACAGGCCGUGCCCCUCAUGGUCACAAAACCGAAUGGAUCAUGCAUGAAUAUCGUCUAGAUGAUCACACCUCUAUUCAUGACAUGCAGGAAAAUGGAUGGGUUGUGUGUAGGGUGUUCAAGAAGAAAAGCCAUUAUCGAGAUUUCCAACAAGAUGAUGUCAACUUUCCAAUGAACUCAGGAUCAUGUUAUGUCGGAUCAAUAUCAUAUAGUAACCUAUUACAUCCUCAUCAACUGCUAAGCCCCAAUACGAUCAUUAACGACGGAGGCGGGCCAUCAUCGUUAAACUUUAUGAUGAACAAUAAUAGCUCAUUGGAUGUGGACGGGUCUGAUCAAACCGCAGUAAGGCUAACAUCAUCAUCAUCAACGGCUGCUGUAGUAGGUGGUUCAAGCGGCGGCGGCGGUGAUUGGUGUUUCUUGGAGAAGCUUCUAGCAAACAAUCAUCACAAGCCCUCGCCUCAUUUAGCUCUUAAUAAUAAUAAUAAUAAUAAUAAUCAGAUGGUGGGAAUUAUGGGAUCCUCAUCGACUAGGCUCCCAUUGCAUUACUUGGGAUGUGAAGCAGAUCACAUGCUCAUCAAGUAUCCCAAGUAG